AUUAUCUGCUAAGCCUCAUUUCUAAACUUCUGCUCGAAGCUGAGACAUCAGCUAACGAUACAACGAAUUAACGGUUUCCGAGCAAAAACUAUAACGAACGAAAAAGGUUAUAAGAGGGACUUCUAACGGACGUAUAAAAAUGCGCUGAAACGGUUCUAUCUAAUAAUUCGGGUGACCAAUCAUUAUCUCGAGUCGCUCGACAUUAUCAAGGCAGAAAAGCAAUGGGCUGUUGCUUCUCGAGGUCCGCUGGCCCGAACGCUCCCUAUCCGGGCGGCAGCGCCGCAUCACCGUCGGCGCGCGCCAUCAACUCACCACCGCCGUUACAUCCUUCCACAACCGACGACAGCGCUCCGGCCUCGCGAGCCGUCUCUCGCUCUCACCAACCUCCCCAAUCUCCUCACACACAACAACCACUUUCGCACCACCACCACCAUCAACAUCGAAUACAUGGCCACCAUCCUCCGUUAUCGCAGCAUAUAGAUAAGCCGCUUCGGCGUCACGAAUGGGUCGCGCGCGAUCGUACGUGGACGCGCUCUCAGUUAGACACUGAGCGAGAAGAUUUCUUCGACACCCGGGUUACGGGACGGGCUGAAGUUUGGCAAGUCUUGAAGGCGACGUUAGAAGUGUUGUGGGAGGCCGAUCAGAGCCUUUCAAACGGGGAGGAGUCCAGAGAUGGCGACGGAGGGAGCGCGUUAGCUACGGCGCAAAGUAUUCUCAAGGCUGCCGAGGUGACGCUACCUACGGGAGAUCUGUCGAACGGCGUGUACGAUGCUCUAGGAAAUUACUAUGCUUUGCCGGAAUGGAUCGUAUGCGAUCCCGUUAACGUAGCUGAGGAAAGCAGUGUGAAGAAGAGUAAGAGUGAUGUGAGACGGAAAGGCGACGACGACUUGACAGACGAGGAUGAUGCCGUGGAAGAGAUAGAUGAGGAUGAGGCCUUGCGUCGGAGGGAGGAAAAGGGAAAAGGCGUUGCGGAUAUAAAAAACAUGGUCAAGGUCCGUGCUCGACUCAGCGAGAAUCUACCGGACGUCAUAGUAAGCGUGAGUCCCGAGGAGACCGUGAGGAGUUUUGCGAAGCGAGUAGCCGAAGAAUCCCGCCUACCUUCGACAAAAUAUGUGCGUGUGGCUUAUAUGGGCAAGAUUCUUAAGGAGAACAUGUCUCUGGAGAGCCAGGGCUGGAAGAAAGGCCAUGUUGUGAAUGCACUAGUCUUCAACAGGUAGCAAUGGUUGUCGACUCCCUGCUAUCUUCCACGUUACCAUACCCUCGCGCAGACCUAUCCACGAUUUUCACCCUGGUUUUAAAUUUGCGCCGCAAGAUGGUGUUCUCGAACCAGGCACAUCAGCCGUGAGAAAGACGUUCAUCCCCUAACUGCGCGCCAUACGAGGUGGCAUUUGACAUUAUCACGACGUCCCCGAUUCAGCACCGCUUAAAUUCGAAAUCUUCUCCUUUUAAUCACCAUAAUUAUCUGUUGGUGCAAAUCACGAUGGAUAUUCCGCAUGCUUUCCAUUUGCUACAUUACCAUUCUAUUGGAUUCCGGAUAAUACCCCAUUUUCGCCUCCAGCUUCGUCGGGAUCUGGCGGGUUAUAGGAGUUACUGGGGCGCGGCCACGGUGAAAGGCACGGUUGGCUUACUAGGUAGUUCAUUGAUGAAUGAAUGGAUACUAUGAAGCAUCAUUUAGGAUAUCAACUAAUAACUAAGCAUGGCCCUUGGUUAGGGUCAAGUAUAAUAAUUAGAUUCGUAUAUAUUCUUUUCUA